AUGGAAAUUCCAAACUAUGAUAGUACCGAUGACCUUGAUAAAAAAUAUAAACAGCUAUUUCCUUUUAUGCCAGCGGAUACAUUUCGAAUGUUAAUCUGUGGAAACAGUGGAAGUGGUAAGACUAAUCUUUUGUACCACAUGUUAAUUAAACCACUACUGUAUUACGAUGAAAUUUAUCUUUACGCGCGUAAUCUAGAACAGGAUAAGUAUCAAAAGUUAAUUCAAAAAAUGAGGGAGUUAAGUAGUAAACUUGGAUAUGAAAUACUUCAUGUGAGUAACGACGAAAUAACCCCGGUUACAGAAAUGGAUUACGAAGACAAUCAAAAACUUGUAAUAUUUGAUGAUUACGUCUGUGAUAAAAAACAGCGGCGACUUAUUGAUUAUUUCAUUCAAGGACGGCAUAAGAAUUGCUCUGUAAUCUACCUCAGUCAGUCUUUUACAAAGCUCCAAAUGAUAUACGGCUAA